AUGGAAAAGCUCGAUGAAAAUAGGAUUUCUACAGAAAUUGUGAACUCUCCGGAUUUAGUUGUAGAAAUCAACACCAAAAAUCAGGAAAGUGAGAAGACAGUUCGUGCUGUAAUUCGUGAAUUGCUAAAAGCUGGGUUUGAAGUUGCUGUUCGAGCAGGCACAGAAUCCAGCCUAUUUUUAUUGGUUAAAGCUCCUGCGGAAUUAGUCCUUCAAUUAAUUAACAAAGAUCGCACUUGUUCAUUCCUCUAUGGAUCGUUGAACGAUGUGGAAAAUGUCCGAAUUUACGACAUUGCAUUGGUGGAUUCAAGCGACCGUAUUCGAAUUCUUUAUGAAUACAUAACUGGUAUCAAGAAAGAAAAGUGCCUUGGAAUUGUUCCCAGUGAAGAGCCGUACAAAAAUUUAGUAGAUAUUUACCCUCUUCACAACUCCAAUGUGGACCAGAAAUGGAUGAGCUCAUGGAGGUUUAAGUCAUUCUUGAAAAUCCAAGAUUUGGAUAAAAUCAAAUCUGAGUAUGGCUCUCAGAUUGCUCUUCAUUUUGCAUUCCAAGAUACUUUUAGAAACAUGCUUGGUAUAUUAGCAGUCUGGGGAAUUUUGGGUCAUUAUCUCUUUCAACAAUACUCCGUUGUUUAUUCCAUUGGAAUGUCUAUAUGGGGUAUUUGUUUCAUUCAGCUUUGGAAGUAUAAAGAAAGCCAGCUGUCUAGGCGUUGGUCUACGAAUUAUAGUGAGUAUUAUGAAAAGAGUAGAGAAGAGUUCCAUCCUUCUACGGUACAAGUUAAUAAUACCUCUGGUACUUUACAAUCAAGUUAUCCUCAUUGGAAAAUGGUCCUCCGAAGUUUAAUUACAACAGCACCUCUUUUUAUCGUUUCAGGUAUAAUUCUGUUUAUUUUGAUAUCAAUUGCUUUUAGUUUCGAUGUGACGCUUACUGAGGUUUAUUCGGGCCCGUUCAAGCCAGUGGUCGGUCUUCUUCCAGCAUUAAUCUUUCAAAUCCUCACCCUUCCUUUUAAUAUAUUCUAUACAGUGGUUGCUGAAAAGCUUACAGCAUGGGAAAAUCAGAGAACGAAAAACAAGUAUCAGUCUUCAUUGGGUUCGAAGAUCUUUUUACAACACUUUAUGCUUUCCUACACAGCUCUUAUUUUAAUAUCAUACGUUUAUGGACCGUUUGGCGAACACCUCAUUUCAAACGUCUUGCAGAAUAAAGCUGCCAAUAUGACAAUGCAACUUUCUUAUAUAACGGACUCUAAGUUUAAGUUGAAUCCAUUAAGACUUCGCAAUCAGUAUUUUUAUUUUUUGACAAAUGCCCAGGUUAUUAAUUAUUUUACAACUCUCGCAGUUCCUCAAAUCAUUUCUUAUUUGAAAAGCUUUGUGAAAUCGAAAUUCAGUGCACAGCGCUUGUCAAUUCACGACAAUGAUGCUGAGGCUAAAUCUUUGAACUCUAUUCGAAAACAAUCCGAGCUUUCUAAAUAUGACGAAUACAAUGACUAUAAAGACUUGGUGUUAAUUUUUGGUUAUCUUGUUAUGUUUUCUCCUAUUUAUCCUUUAGCUCCCCUUAUUAUGUAUGUCAAUAGCUACCUGAUGGUUCGCUCUUCAGUAUACAAGCUAUGUAAGUUGUCAAAACGACCCGUUGCCGCCCGUAUCGAAUCCAUUAAAGAUUGGAACCAACGCCUUACUUUUAUAAGUUGGAUGGGUAGUAUUACCAUGCCUUCGAUUAGCUACUUGUAUUCGCCUUUGAAGAGUCUUACAAAACAGAAGUUAUACUAUUCUUUAUUGGUAGGUUUCUUCUCUGAGCAUUUAUGGUUUUUACUUCGCCAUACAAUAUCAUCGCUUUGCCCAAUUGAAGAAACACCAUCGCUCCUCCUACAAGAGCGUGAACAAUUAUUACACGGGAGGAUUGAGGAGAUCAUGCAUAGCGUUGGACAUCUACAAAAAACGAACCCUUUUGAAGAGAGUUCUGAAGUAUUGGCACUCUAUCGCUCAGCAGAAUUCAAGAAAACUAUUUAG